UGUUUAUACGUUGGAAUGGUCGCUGGUUCCGUCUUCUCGCACGCGCGUCUGUUUACCGGUGCUCCAAAAGCGAGAGUGUUUGCUUUCAACGAGCGCCGAGCGUUUCAACGGGGAAGAGAAAGAGGUGUCCACGGUGCGAGUGUCCGAGGAAGCGGGCGCGCCAUAAUGGCGGAGGUGGCGACCAAGAAGUCGAUCAACGUAGUAAGUAGCAAGAAAAGCGAAGUGUGCAGUGUUCAAUCUAACAAUGGUUUGAUCGAAUUGGAUAACCUAACCGCCGGUAACAAACAACUAAUCUCGCUGUGUGACACCAACGACGACGAGGACGACCUAAUCCUGACUAAUAACACGCGUAACGAGUUGGACAGCGACGAUAAGAGUCUUCAGGAAUUGAUCGAGAGCGAGUUGGCUCUAAGAAUCUGUUCGAACAACGAGCCGCAAGCGAGCAUUCACGACGCGGACAUGGAACAAGUAGAAGAGGAAGGAGAAGAAGAAGAAGAAGAUACCACCAACGAACCGGAAACGGUCAAAAGGAUCCUUCUAGACAGACAACAGGAUAUCGUUGACGCGAAUUCAGAGUUUAUCGCGGCGGAAAGCGAGCAUUCGGCUUUAAUUGAAAAAUCCUACAAUUAUCAAAACGGUCACGUGUCACCGGACACAAAAAUCUGUUACGAGGAGGAGGUGAAGCCGGAGCCGAUCAUGGUUGCAAUCAGAGACGAGCAGGAACAAGAGGUAGAAGAAGAGCAGGUAUUCGAUGAACAACCGGAAGUUGGCAGCACGAUAGUCGUUCAAGAAACAACGACGAUCGAGAUGGAUCGAUCGGCGGCACGCGACUCGUCGGACGAUGACAAACCGUUCCGGCAAAACGAGGAUAACGAGGAUAACGAGGAUCCUUCUCCGAGUUAUCCUGUUUGCAGACCGGCGGAGGUUGAGGAUAGGCCACCGGAAGUGUCCAGCAUGAUCGUGGAAUCGUUCGAGCCCAGCUGCGAAAACGAACAGGAGGACCGAGUAACCACAAUGCCUGUCGUCUACGGCGACAAGUAUCAAGAAGAAAGAGAGGUCGAGGACACGGUACUGGAAGAACAUCUCGAUCAGACGGAAGCUGGAGCAACCACCGAGAGUGAUCCUAUGAAAAUCGAGCAAUUGGAUAACUGGACGGAACAGUCAGCUUUCGUUGAAAAUCAACAAACUGGUCAGUUUUCGGAUAAUUUUGAUCAGACUCUGUGCCAAGAGGGUAUCGAACUCUGCUCCACCGACCAACAAUUAGUCAAGGAGUCCUCGUUACGAGAAAACAGCAAACUAGAAGCAUCUCUACGAUCUAAAUGUAACAAGGAAGACUUAAAGGAAGAAUCGAAAGUAUCAAAAACAGAAGAAAAGAUUCCUUCUAACGUUGCGGAAGAACCGGAAGAACCGGAAGAGGAGGCUCCAGGAUCUCCUGUACAAUCGAGAAGUUUCGACGAUGGUGCGAUGAGUCGAUCCGAGAGUUCUGCCGAUGCCAUCAGCACUCAAGAGUUUAUAGAUACCGAACGACGAGUGCUCAGCGAGGAAAAUGAGGAUCAACAGAUCGUUCAGGAAGAGGUCCAACCUCCGUCCACGGAAAAGAUCGAGCCUCCGAUAGAAGAAGAAGAAGAAGUGGAAGGGAAAGAAGAAAUAAAUGAUAACACGGAUGAACAAAACGCGAUAGCGGAAUCGUCCAGUGAAUUGUCGGUUUCUGAGCCUACGUUUAUCGAGAAGACCGAAGUGGUGAUAUCCGAGAGUAACGUAACCAUUUUCUCGGAAACGAGAUGCUUGGAAACCGAAAACGAAUCGGAAGCAUUGAUCGAAGAACAGAUUCAAAGCGAACAACAACUCGAUUCAGGAAGCUCUCUACGUGCACCACUUGCCACACCCGAUGACGAGAUCAGCGACGUUUCUAACGCGUGUGACAGCGAAAGCCGCGAGGAGACGAUAACAACGAGCACAACGGUGACAUCGCCAGGCACAAAGGUCGGUACGAAGACGAAGAAGAAGAAAAUCGAGGGGGUAGCCGGAAACGAUGCCUCGCCUAACCUCACUCCCCGCACAAAGAAGACCAAGAAGAGCAAGAAGAGCGAACUCGAGAAGGAGAACAUCUCCGUGAAUUGUAACAUGCAAGAGUCAAGCAUGCACCCUGGUUCCCGACAGAUGCACCCGGAAACGCUUGAUUUCUCGGACGAGGACGAUUUGUCGAACGUGAACGUGAAAUCUCUGACACAGACUUACGUGUCGGAGACGAGUCGCAACGAACAGGAUCGAUGCUCGAAGGAAAAAAUCGCGACCGGUGUAUCGAUCAAACAAUUGUGUCGUAGCUUUGGCGACAUCUCGAACAUGAGCGACAGCGAUCAGACAUACAGGAAAACGAAUCACACGAUGGAGAACGAGGAGAAAGCAAGGUCGCUGGGUGAUCUACGAUUAUGCGAGAAGGGUUACUCCAAGUUCACCAAAGAUGCACUGGUCUUCGUCGGGGUGUCGGUCAAGGCCCUUAGGGCUUCCUACUGUAGUUUGGCAAACUUAACGAGCCAGGGUAAGGACAUGGAUCGACCGAGGUUCGAGAAGUCGAGCUUCAAUAAAUUCGACGCUCUCAGCAAGAAGACCGUGCUGCAUGUGCGCUCGAUCGACGCGGGCAAAGUGCAACAACAGCUGAACGCCGUGGGUCAAAACGGGGACACAAAUGCAAACUGCCGUAGCUGCGGCAAGGUCGUCUUCCAAAUGGAACAGACAAAAGCGGAGGGUCUGGUCUGGCACAAGAAUUGCUUCCGGUGCGUCCAGUGUAGCAAGCAGCUUAACGUCGACAAUUACGAAAGCCACGAGAGCACGCUUUACUGUAAGCCACACUUCAAGGAACUCUUCCAACCGAAACCGGUUGAAGAGUCUGAACAACCUGUGCGACCUCGAAAGCCGGAGCUGAUCAUACGGGAGAACGAGCCGAAAGAGUUGCCGCCCGAUGUGGUCAGAGCUUCCGACAAACCGGACCUGGGUCUCGAGGAGUUGUCGAGCCUGAAUGUCAAGUCCCGGUUCCAAGUGUUCGAAAAGGCUGGCACAGAGACGAACGAGAUCGAAAGGUCGCCGUCACAGAUCGCGGUGAAGAGAUCUCCCAGUAUCCUUAGCAAACUUGCCAAAUUCCAGGCGAAAGGCAUGGAUAUCGGAGUGGCGGAUGAAUCUCUGAAUGGAAUCCCUUACGAAGAGUCGAGCGAAAGCGAAGAGGAAGAAGAGACGGAGGAAACGGAGGAGGUGGACAGCGAAAUUGUGAAAGCGAAACGCACGACCCGCGAACGUCCGAUCAGCUUCACGAAAAUGGACGACAUAAAGAAUCGUUGGGAGACGACUAGCCAGCAAGGAAGGAAAGAGGUUCAACGGGAAGCGAGAAAAGAGGAGAUCGCUGGGAUUCGUUCGAGGCUAUUCAUGGGUAAACAGGGUAAAAUGAAGGAGAUGUACCAGCAGGCGGUAGCCGGAAGUGAGCGCGUGACGAAGAUCAAUGCAGCAGAAGAGUUGCAACACUCGUCGACCCACGCUCGUUCCAUCAAAGAACGAUUCGAACGAGGCGAACCGAUCGCAACUUCUGACGACGAGACGGACGGUAAACCGAAACCGGAGAAGGCUGACGAGGAAGUGAUCGCAGCAGGAAUCAGCAGGAAGUCUCGAUCGAUGUUCUUGGAACUGGACGCUUCGGCAGCCAAGACUGGACGACCAGUGACUCCGGUGAACCCGAAGACGCCGGCAGAGGCACCUCGACGCGCCAGAGACGCAUUCAUGGGUCGUCAAGUCUCGGACGACGUGGUUCGGAGCUCGGACACCACCGAGGAGGUACAUGCCGAAACCUCAGACAUUUCGAACAAAUUCAAAUUUUUCGAAUCCUACAAGGAACCGGAAAAGCAACGGAAACAGUUUCGAAUCACUCCUCCGCGCGAUGGUCAACUCAAGAUGGAUUCCCCUGAACGCGAGAUCUACCGUGACCCAGACGUGGUUAGAGCCGAGGACAGGGUUGACGAGGUGGUGCACACAGACACCGCCAGGAAAAUGCUGUCGAUCUUCCGGCAAAUGGAAGAGAACGCAUGCAAACAGGAACUGCCGAACGGUCCCAAACCUUUGAAACGUUUCACACCACCACCAGAAGACAAAUACGCGAAGCCAACAGCAUCAGACUCCGAGGAGGAAGAAGAGGAAGAAGGUGAAGAGUCUGACGGCGAGGACAGCGGCGGCGAGGAGAGGGACCCCAACUACGUGCGAGCUUCGGAUAAGGUGGAGGACGAAUUUUUGAAGCAAGCACAGAACGCAGCACGCGCCAAGACCCUGUGCGCGAAAUUCGAACACUGGGAGGAAACAGACGCGAAGACGACUAUGUCGAGCAGUCAGAAUAUCGCGGAAAUGGAAAUCGCGCAGAAUACCGGUGAUCAGUCGAGCAUAGAAUCUGCGAGCAGUCUGAGAGCACGUUUCGAGUCUCUCGGCUCGCAAACGAGCGAAUCACCGCGCACGCCGAAAGUCAAAGUCAAUCGAUUUGUGUAAAAGGACGCCGGAAGUGGAGGAUCAACAAGGCCCGAGCACACGGAUUGACAGGGCCUGACCAACAGACACGACAGAUAUAGGUACAGGCAAACGAAACAAAGAUAAAUAGGACAUAGAAAUGAAAAUACGAAAUUCGUUGGAAUCUUGUGCUUCGUGGGAACCGACAACACUUCCGCUUCGUUGUCUGGAUCAUUGUGCGAUUUUUAGGUUUCUCUCCUUUUUUGUUAAGUCUUUUGUGAGUAGCGUUCUGUUAGUGAAUCUAGCGUACAUUUUAUUAUAUAUUUGUAUCGUAUAACGAGAUGCACGGAGAACACGGAGAAUACGGAGAACACCGAGACGUCGAGUAUGUACUCUCUGCUCGUUGAAACUAUACAAGUUGUUUCAAUAAAUUUUUGCAUAUAGUGACGCGUUCGCCUCGUGGAACAAAGUUAUAUUUAACCCUUGGAUGACGGAACGUCAAUUUUAGAUUCUAUUUUAUUUUCUAGGCUAAGUAUUUUCUUUAGCUGUUGUGUUAUCCAAAUAGUAAUUCAAUUCGUAAAGCAAGGAAGAAAGAGGUAUUUAACGUUUGGAAAAUAAUAUCGUUUUUCAUGAAUAUCUCGAAAACUACUCAUUUUUAUGCCAUAGUAUGUAAUACUUUUUUACGCAGAAUUAACAUUCAUUUUAUGAAUGCGUUAAUAACAGAAUUAUCAGCUGAAUCACCCUGUAUAUGGAAUUGUUCUAUUUAAAAAUUUCAGCGUUUGCGCGUAUUUAGUAAAUUUCGGUCGCUGUGUUGACCCAGUUCCGUCGUUCCAGAGGGUUUUUUAAUCGUCUCGCUGAACACGUUCUUCGCCGUUCGAACGUGUUUUUUCCGCGCCUCACAAUCAGUUGGCUACAAUAUGUAUUUCGAAUUGCUCUUUUUACACGAGAACAUUUGUAAUACUUUUCCAGAGCCACUUACACAAAACGAACUGUACGAAAUACUGUGAACGAAUCCACCAGCGACACGAAUAACCUGAUUUACUUAACAUCGAGUGCCAAAGUUUCAGUUUCUUUAGCGCGCGCAGUUACAUCUUGGCACGUACAGUUUACGAAAAAGGUGCCAAAUUUGUUUGAUCAAUGUCAAUUUUAUUGAUUUUCUAUCGAUGUCGUUGGGUGGUUCGUUUUUCAAAUAGUCUUUUCCUUUCUCGCGAGUGCCAAGCGAAGAAACGAAAGGAAAAUCAGAGGAUCUUUAAAGAAAAUGAGAUGAGAGAAAGUAUUCGAUGCUUCCUAAUCACGGUUUCGAGGAUCCUUUUUGAAAGGAUUUUCAAGAAAUCUAAACUCUUACGUACUUAGGAUCUACAAGCUUUUCGAGUACUUUUACAGCUUUUCACGUGGUACACAUAGUAAUUUAACACUCGUCUGCAAAUAGACAAUUAUGGAGCGAAACGGAGAAAGAGGAGCUGCUAAAAAUGUUUAUUUUACACCUUUCUAUCCUGAAACUAGAGGAAGCUGUUCACCUUUGUGUCUGAGAAGUUGCAAUCAUUUUUCACAGAUUAAAUUAUUAUAAAUUGAUAGUGUAUAAGGUAAUAGAAGUCAUUGAAGAAACAAAAAAGCAAAACAAAAAAGAAGGUAAUGGAUCAUUUUUUAAGUGUUCGAAUCCGCAAUAAAACUUUUAUACUUUUUUAAAUAUUUUUAGACAGCUUUUUAUUCUUGUUAACAAUAAGAAACGAUAACAAGGAACCAGAUAAGAACCGAACGAAUAAACUACAUGUGAUAACGCAAACUAUUUACACUUAUUCCUAUGAUAUAAAAUUGAAUAUUUAAAAAAUGAUUCAUUUUUAAUUCAGCGAUAAAUUUGUAGAAAAAUUUAAUACGAUAAGUCAGGAAAGUACGUUCACACCGCACUGAUUACAAGUUCCAAAACAGGAUAGGGGUAAACUUAAUUCGUCAGAGUAAAAUUUGCAAAGUUUUUUUCAAGCUCCUUGUACUUUACCAGCCCAUGAAUUGAACGUUCGAAGAAUCUUCGUUCCUUCUGAAAAUAUACCAAACAGACUAAGGAUUAAACUGAUACUAGAACGUUAUCGAAUAUAGGCUUUUUUAUAAUUUUUAUAAAGGUCGAGGGACAGAGACGGAUACGAGAACUGGGGCAGUCCUUACACCUAGAAGAGAGUCCUUGGCAUAUGUAUACAUUAACCCAUUGCGUUGUACCUAUUAUUAAUCAUUCAGACAUGAAAUUCAUAGAAAUGUAUUUCUGAAUGCUGCUUCUAUUUCAGCAAUUACCUAUUAGUCGAAAUUUCUAAUUAGAUUCUAAUAAAAACAAAUAAAAUUGGCUGCUCUUUUUGCUUAAAAUGGGUUGAUCAACAACGCAACGGGUUAAUUCCUUCACAAUUACCAACGUGGUCGCACAGUACCCAUUCAUAUACGUAUACACAUAUAAAUCUCUCUAUAUAAAUAUAUACAUAUAUUUAUCAUUGAUAUAGAAGAACAACGUGUAUAACGAUCCCCUGAUCUAUUUAAAAGAACGCACCUUCAAAACGAAAGAGAAAGAGAGCUCCUGAAGUUGAUUUCGAUCGUGUUCACGAUUUAUUUUGAUAUCUCUUUUGAAAAUAGAGCUUGAAAUUUUUCAAUCUUUUGCCAAGGGAAUUUGAUAAAGAGUGUGACGAAAAUCUUAAUUAAUAAUAAAACCGAUUCGAAGCACAAUUUCAGGGUUCACGGAAAACUUUUUCUUUUUUCAAAUCGAUCACUUAUGUGUGGUGCGAAAUUUAGUGGCAUUAGUGACUUUUUUCUUUUUUUCUUUUUUCUAUCAAAAAGAUUUAAGUAUUAGAUAGGUAGAGAAGUAAAAAUAGAAAGAGAGAGAAAAAGAUCGAAAAGUAUAUGUAUGUAUAUUCUCUACACGACUUGAUCUACCUUUUAUCAUCCAUGAAAAUCAUGAUAAAGUGCUUGAACUCGAUCGAUGGAAUUCAGUGCAAUAAUUUUAAGGGAACAUUGUUAAUCGACGCGAUCGUAAACGUGAACGAAACGCGCGUUUGUUGUUAAUCGGCGAGAUGGAUAUUUAUUAAUCUUCGAUGAGAAAUGAGUUUGUCGACCGAUCGCUUCAUUCACGGCCUAUUUUACACACACUGCGAUGUGUUUUACGUAGAAUUUUUCGUUAAGUCUUGGAUUGUAUAAUUUUUAAGAGGCGUAUAUGAUACUCAUAUUCUUUGUCUUUUCCCGUUUCCUUUUUCCCUUUUCCCUUUUCCCUUUACCCUUUUCCCUUUUCCCUUUUCCCUUUUCACGUGUAACAAUUUAUUACCAUCAUAUUUGCAAACGUUCAAUAAAAGGGCACAUCCUAACGACAUAAAAAGAAGGAAAAAACACAAAACGAAUGGUAUAAAUUUUCAUGGUGAUUCAAAUUAAAAAUGAAAAAAAGGCA